ACGCGUCAUGUAGUGAGGGAAGUUUCCGAUCUUGACAUGUCUCCAGUUUGAAAAACGACCCAUGGAUUAAAUGCCUUAUUAUUUUUCGAUACUUCUCAUCAUGUCCCUGCUGCAGCGUGUCUGCAGGCCAACAUGCAGUGGAGAAGACACAUCACCGGCCUCGCUUUUAGCCUUGUUUUCGUUGUGUCAUAUUUCACGAACAAGUUUGUCCUGUCAGUGUUAAAAUUCACCUAUCCAACCUUAUUUCAAGGAUGGCAGACAUUUAUCGGAGCUGUCCUGCUUCUGCUAUCUGGAAAGCUGGGAUGGGUGGAAAUGAGCCGCAUUACCAGAUCUGCAGCUCUGUCCUGGCUUCCAGGCUCUUUCCUAUUUGUGGGAAACAUUUAUGCCGGUUCCCGGGCAUUAUCACGUUUAGACAUUCCCUUCUUCUUCACGCUUCAGAAUUGCUCUCAUGUCGUUAGCUACAUGAUCUUCAGGGUUAUCCACAGACAGCAGAAAACACAGUGGCUGAAAUUUAUCAGCGUAUGCCUCGUGCUGUUUUCAGCCAUCAACCUUCCCCUUUAUGACCCUCAGUUUGACCACAGCGGUUACCUGUGGGCUGUCUGCCAUCUCUCCUGUGUUGGUGCAUACAGCGUCUUUCAAGUUCAAUACAAGUCCAUCAACCUAAGUGAUCUUGAGCAGCAGUGCAUAAACUACCUGUUCAGUGUGUUGCUGCUGGCCAUUGCUUCUCACCCAACAGGUGAUCUCCCGGGUGCCUUGGAGUUCCCCUCCCUUCAGUCACACACAUUUCACUGUGGCUGCUGCCUCAGUGCUUUGCUGGGCUUUUUGUUGCUGCUGGCGACGGUCAAAUUAAAAAGCGGACUUUCCCUCGAGCACUUCGGGGUCUGGAUCUUUUUAUCUAAGGUUACUGCCAUGUUCCUGUCUCCAUUUAUUUUCUCUGUGAGCGUUAAUGCGCCGUCUCUUUUGUGUGUGGUCAUCAGUCACGUCGGAGAGGCCCUGCUGAUUUAUUCUGAGCGAGAUUCUCAAGUAUAAUGAUGAAUUUCAGCAAUUUAGACGAGUUCACCUCAAAGACUUGUUUUUCCUUGUGUGACAAAGCAGAUUCUAUUUUUCCAAAUUCAUUUUGUAAUUCUGAGUCUCUGAUCUCCUGACUAAAUAA